AUGGCAUCUUACAACCCAUUUGCGCGCCGGGAAUCUCAUUCCACGUCUGCUCUCUCGACAUAUCGCAUCCUCGUCCCUCUUUCGUGGGUGCUGGUCGUCAUCGUAGGUAUCUACUAUACUGUCAACUCUCCCGACAUCAAGCAUGGCCAUCGCAUCUUCAAACAAGGCAACAAACACACCACGCCGUUUAGCCUGAACGGGACGCUGACUGGGAUUUACUGGAUCCUCAUCCUUCUUUCCCAACUCAGCUACGUUUACCACCUUUUCUCCCGACAAACUGCCCUAGUAACCUCCGCCGCCAACAUCGCCUCCCACUUUAUCCUCAACAACCUCGCCCUCUUCAUCUGGAUCCUUCUCUGGACCCGCAACCACUUUUGGGGCUCCGAGAUCUUCCUCAUCCUCAACUUCAUUAACCUGCAUGCAGCAUACUGGCGCCAUCGCCGGCUUCCGGCCUUCGUGCACCUUCCUGCUAUCGCGGGGCCUUAUGCAUGGACGUUGUUUGGGUUGUUCUGGAAUGGAGCUGUUGCGGUGAAUAGUAAUAAGCUGCCGGCCAGGAUCGUGGCGAAUGUGUUUAUUUGGGUGUUGUUUGCGGUUGGGAGUGGACACAUUGUGUCAACGCAGGAUUAUGGUUUGGGGUAUUGUUUGAGUUGGUUGAUGCUUGCGUUGGCCGUCAAGCAACUCGCAAUCAAGGUUAUCGCUUUGCAGUGGAUUUUCGCAUUCGUCAUCUUUGCGAUUUUCCUGAUUGAAUCGGUCUAUUUGUCUAGCACCAAGUACUAUGGUCGUGACUCGCUGUUCCGCCGCGUGGCGCAUCCAGAGACGGAUCGCGAGCGUGAGCCGUUGCUUAAUUGA